AUGGACGACUCGAACCGUAUGAGGAGGCAGAAUGAACCGCCGGUCCAUUCGAACCCCAACCAGAGAUACUCACUUAACGAUCCGUCACAACAGCGCCGUUCGCUCGCUGGAAUUUCCAACGACAGAUAUCGCCCUGCAUCCCUUGCUGGCCCUUCAUCGUCAGGGCGAGGCAUGGGAGCUCCGGGUAACUACAGUAGCUACUAUUCAGAAUCUAGUGCAUCGUUCUCGACGGCAAAUAUGCCUGGCACAGCUAUAGCUUAUGGCUCUGAGUACGGCCACGACUCUCGCCAAGCGCAAGGCUUUGGCGGCUACAGUACCGCAGCUACGAUGAUGUAUAACGUUGGCCAACCGAGCACGCAAAACACAGUUUACGAUGCGCAGCAAUUCAGCUCGCGGCAACCUGCAGCUAUGCAAAUGAUGCCACCAGACGUCGCCUCGAGCUACUUUGGGUCUGAGACUGGAGCCUCAGCUGGCCCGAGUCUACAGCAACCGGCGCAGGGCUCAAGCGGAUCCGCGAAUGUUUAUCAGCAAAGCAAUGCCAUGAAUUAUGCGAGCAACAGCAUGUCCACUGUGAGCGCAAUGCCGCAGGCAACAAACACCGCCGAUGUUUCAAUGACAGACGACCACGACUAUGCAGAAGGCGCCCUCGAGGAGAAAUGGGUCAGUUACCAGAGGCAGCUAGGGAGCAUAUUUCAGGAGAUAGUGAAUGGAUCUCUUGAGAGUGCAUCUGAGACAUUGCUUAGCGUCACUAGCUGGCUGUUGUCUCAGGUCGCAGAUCUAGGCCUUAAUCUUGACGAUACCAACCUCCAUGCUGAUCGUAUUCAACUGUGGAACGACUUCAACCACGCUUGGCUCGGAUUAGGCCAGCGCCAAAUUGAUCUAAUGACUUCAUCCCAACAACUUUCAAGAACGCAAAGUCUGGUUCCAAAAGCUAUGAUUAAAAAGAUGGGAAACGAACUAAUAAGGCUAUGUGACGGUAUUGAGCGCCAUGGCCUGGUGGACUAUCAAUAUGGAGUAUGGGAAGAUCAAAUAACUGCUGUUCUCGAAGACUGUCUGGAUUUAUACGAUGCUUCAGAAGAAGGCAGUGACAGCGGCAACCGAUAA